CCCAGUGGAGGUAAGGAGAGCAAACCACAACUAUCAGCAAGCGACGAACACACACCAACACACACAUUCAGACAUAGUUUAGCGAAGGACAGUCAUACACUCAAUACUCUCUUCCUGGGAUAUGAACCCUCUCAUCCUCAUCUCUCUCCUUUGCAUCGCUGUCAGCAGAGCUCAAGGUGCUCAGGAAAUUGAGGCCACGUACUCAGGUGAACUAGCUGGAGUUACAAGGGGUUCAGCCUCCGGAGACGGACUCCAGAGUUUGCUGACUGAAGAUGAUGAGCUGGAAGUAGAUGAUGAACUUUCAGGAGGAGACAAUGACAUUUUAUCCUCCCCUGGGUUUGACCGCAGUAGGGAUGAGAGGGGGAAGAGGAAAGGCAAAGGAAAGAAGAAGAACAGACAAAAGAGCAAGAGCACAACUCCUUUCAACCCUGACCACACGUUCUUCACCAGUGGACACACUUCCACGUUCAGCAGCACUCAGGAUCCCUGCACCACCAGCCACCUGGGCUACUGCAUUCAUGGCUACUGCAAGUACAUGGAGAGGCUGCAGGAGCCGGUGUGUAUAUGUAUGAAGGGCUAUGACGGAGAGCGCUGUGGGAUCCAAACUCUGGAGGUGGGCGUACCGAAAGACGAGCGCUACAGCGCUGAGCUGGUGCAGACCAUCUUAGUGGUCAUUGCUGUGGUCCUGUCAGUUAUCAGCUGCUGCGCCGUCCUGCUCAUGGCCUGUGCUCAUUACAGGUCACAAAAGAAUUUCCUGGCAUCCUACCUUGGAACUGGAUCAGAGCAGGAGAAGCUGAAGAAACCCGCCGGUGACUUGGUGUGAGAACAUCAAGUUCUACGAUGAGCCUUUUAUUCAGUUCAAGGACAACACAGAGGGGUCUGAGGACAGCGAGAGCACUAGACGGCUUCAUUAGAUGCUGCGUGAAACCACUUUCCACAACCAGUUAGAAUAUAAUUUAUUUAGUGUAAUUAUUUAUUGCUGAUAACUGUUUUUAGUGUUUGUGUGUUGGACCACUGUUAUAAUGUCUGCGAAUGCUGAGCAUUCAGUCAAUUUUUGGUUCUGUAGGUUUGUCUUAUUUAUUGCAUUGCAUUUGUUAUAGGUCAGAGAAACGCUCUUCUUCUAACUCUGGAAAAGUGAUGGAAUUUGAUCACCAAUAAAGUG